AUGAAUUAUAAUUAUUUGUUUUUAAUAUCUUUAGUUCUUUUAUUUGAAUUAAAUUUUGUAAAUGGAGUAGCAGUAAAUUUAUUGGCAUAUAGGAUUCAAGAACCUUUCCCUUUUAAAGAUUCUAAUAAUAACUUCUCACCAAAUCCGAAUACUUUUCUUAAUGUGCUAAUCUCCUACGAUAAUUCCUCUACAGUAAUAAAACAAUUAUUUACAUUCCAAUUUUCUAUAUCUCUGCCACCAGGUGUUGUGACUACCUCUAUAACUCUUGGUAUUUCUGAUCCUAUCGAUUUUAUAGAAACCACCUUCGUAUUGUCAGGUUAUAAUUGUCAAGAGUUGGAUAUGGGGGGAUUUACUAUCAAUAAUUUUUCUAAACCAACAAUGUAUGUGGGACCAAAUAUGGUAUCUUUAGUAGAGUUUCAAUUCCCUCCAGAAGUCUCCAAUGUAGAUGGUCCAAUAGCAUGUUCUACAGUCUAUAAUACUAUAUCGUGUGCAGUUGCACCAGAAGCAGGAUCUCGUUUUGCCAGAUUGGUUGUUGGGUUUACAAUGGUUCCCCCAAUUAGUUCAUUACCUUCGACAAUUCCCUUGACACUUUCAUUUAGAGGUGUCAAUGUCUCUCUCGAUUUCCCAAAUGUAUUCCCUACAUCAAUUACACCUUUUAGAUUAGUAGAGUUUAAUCAAUCUCAUUCUUUAUACAUGGACAGUAGACAAUUUGGUACAUUAGAGGCUGGAAAAGCAUCAACAUAUAUGAUAGAUGUAACAUCGACUCUUAUUUCCGAUACUUAUUCAUCAACAUUUAACCCAUACAAUUUUGGUAGUUUAAAUAAUGUAGAACAGGUAUUCGAUUCUCAACUCGAUUGUUAUUUGGUUAGUUCUUAUCUCCAAUUGAGUGCUAUUGCUACACCAAAUUUAAAUGUUAUGAUGAGUCCAUCAGAUAGUAUAAAUAUACCCGCUAUGUUACCAUUCUACUACAACUACUCUUCAGAAGGUUAUAUUUUUAAAGUAGUCUAUCCACUUUACAAAUAUUAUUCAUAUGGAGGAUCUUACCUAAAUUAUUUACCUGGUGGAAAUGGUUAUACUCCUAUUCCUGUCUUGACAUAUGAUUAUAAUGCUAUUUUGCAAUUCAUUAUAUUCACACCUGUAUCCUAUCCAAUUAUCAUGUCUAGAUUUAGUGUUGUUUCUACUUGUCCAAUUCUAUCAGUAAGAAUGGGAUCUGCAAAUUUCAAAGCAAAUGAUAUUCUCAUAGAUGGAACCUAUACCAAUGGAACAUAUGAAGUAGUUUUCCCCUCUACUUCUGCUUCCAUUGAGUUUUCUCUAUAUGAUGCCUGCGCCAAACAAUAUUCAUACUCAAGUGGCCUGUUUUAUUCUCCUUCUACAACUUUUGUAUAUUUUGAAACAUUAACAAAAAAUCUUUAUUCAGAAUUUAAUUCUGUUAGUCAAUCAUAUUUCAUUAAUAAUAUAACUAUUCCUCAAGGAAUUCCACCUGGAAAGAUUACUUAUGGAAUAUUUAUAUCGAAUUUUAUUUUCGAUUCCUUUAUACUAGAAACAUAUUUUGGAAGUAGUGCUUCUCUUUAUGUUACCAAUACAAGUAGUACACCAAUGCUCGAUUCUAUAGCUGCUUUCCCAAGUACAGUUGUAACUUUGAAUGUUAAUCAACCAACAGAGAUUGGAUGGAAUUUAACAAUUUCAAACAAGAUUGGAUUUUCUUAUGGUGAAGUUGAUAUUAUCUCUGAUCUAGACUUGGUUCCUAGAAGAAUCCAUUUUAAUAUAUCAAAUCUUGUUUCCGGUGACAAGUUCAAUGGUGUAUAUAGAGUAACCUUUAUGAAAAAUUCAACAUGUAGAGAACAAGGAUACUCCAUGAAGAAUAUGUCCUUAUUCUCAGAAAGAGCUGAUCUUAAUAUAAUGGAUAUUCCUUUUAACCCCUUAUCUACUAUAUAUGGUUCACAGUAUGAAAAUCAAUUAAUAGUUUAUACUUAUUGUGUAUUAAUAUCAAAUGACGGAGACGCACCUACUUUAUCUUUUUUCAAUGUAUCAACAAAUUCAAUUGACGUCGGUACUUUGAAUAGAAAGAUUUCAUUCAGUUUUGUCUUGAAUGAAUUUACCAAUGGAACUGGUAUAUCAGAGAGACAUCUUCCAAAGAUUCAAAUAGUUUCUCUAAAUGGAAAUUACAUUGAAAUUCAAUCAUAUUUAUCUUCGGGUAAUGGUUUUGUAAAUUCCUAUAUUGCAGAAUGUGACUUACCGUUUGGUUUCGGAAUGGAUUUUCUUUUGAUAAGUAUGAGUGGAAUAUCAGACAACAAUGAUAACAAAAGAGGUUAUACAUCUACAGAUCUAAGAGAUUUAGCCUUCCCCUAUUCGGUUAAACUAACUUUAACUCUGGAUCAACCGUAUUUAACUACAUCCUCAAGACUUACUGCCAGAGGAGGUAAAAUCAUUGUCUAUGGUAGAUCAUUUGGUAGAGACGCGAGCACAUUUUCAGCAAAAAUAGAUUAUCGUGAUGGUCAAGGUUAUCAAAAUUCAACAUUUUCUCAAAUCGGCGCUACCGUUUUAACUAUUAGCAAUAUUCCACAAAUCCAAGCAAGCUAUAUUACAGUUUAUGUAGUUAGAAAUAACAUUCAAUCAAACAUUCUAGUUAUUCCUAUUAUAAGGGCAAUACCUGAACCAACUACUACCCCCAUACCAACCACUACCCCGACACCAACUCUUUCCCCAACUCCUACUGCUGAACCACAAAAAUGCAUUGAUUUAUUAUGUUAUAAUAAUGGAAAGUGUAUCAACUCUAGUUGUGUAUGUCAAUCACCAUGGUAUGGUCCAUCAUGUUCUUCAAAAACCAUUAUUACCCCAAUCCCUCCGGCCUACCAAGAACCAAUAACAGGAACAAAUAUAACAGAAUCUGGAAGUCUAAUCACAACAUCGAUCGAAAUCAUUGGGAUCAGAGAAUUGGAUGCAACAAUGAAUGUUGUUCAAACAUUCAAUAUCAACAAUAGAUCAACAUUAUUAAAUGUAUCGAUUGAAUAUUUCAAGAAUUCAGACAAUAUCACAUUUGCAGAUGAACAACUCUUCAUUCCAGAAUCGACAAUCAAAUUCUCAAUGAAUAUGAGUUCAUAUCAAUUCAAAGAUCAAACGAAUCUCAUUCAAAUAUUGAUGAGAUCAUCGAUUCAAACAGAUAAAUCGGAUGUUUGUUCAUCAUCUGGUGUUGGUGUUGUCGAUAAGAGUGUUCAAUGGAUCAAAUUGAAUGUUGGAGAUAACAGUCUUUAUGGAAGAUUCCUUUCGAAGGGUGUCGUAGACAACAGGGAUGACGAAGAUCAAACCAAACAAAUGCGAUCAGUAACCGUUGGUAUUACAGUUGGAGCUUAUAGUCAAUUUGUUAGUUUAGAUCCAGAUUUCUCAAAUCUAAUUGAUGUUGGAGAAACAGAUACCUCUGAUUUCAUUUGUUCAUCAUCAAAGAAAUUAAGUAAUGGUGCAAUUGCUGGUUUUACAAAUGGAAUUAAAAUUAAAAAUGCACAUAUUCAAGAAACUAUUCCUAUAAAGUCACUCGAGAAUACAUGCUCAUACAAGUUGACAGUUGCUUUAGAAAGUCAAGAUUCAAAUCCAUCAUAUUCAUUUAGCUUUGUUGAACCGGCUGGAACUGAGUUUACUUUGGUAAUGAACUCUAAAAGUGAAGGUGUACAGUUAUUCUAUAUAGAUAUGAAAGUUAAGAUGGAUCCAAUGGUUACAUCUUCUUCUUUUAAGCUCAACAUGAAAGAUUCAACUUUUAAUGUUGAUUAUACCGCAAAUUUGACUUGUUAUGGUAAUGUGUUCGAAAUUUAA